AUGGAAAUCUGCGCGAUCCUGGGGAAAACAUUCGAAAGAGGAUUUAUUAUGAACCGCUAUUGUGUCGUUUUCCUUUUCAUCAGCCUGCGUUUCGCACACGGAGAUGUGAGCUACUCUGUCGCAGAGGAGAUGAAACGCGGAUCCGUGAUUGGAAAUAUAGCCAAAGAUCUCGGCCUCGGGAUCUCCACACUUUCCUCGCGUAAAGCUCGCAUUGAUACUGACGGGAAUGACAAAAGGAUGAUGCACAGUCGGCGCGUUGCUCGAAGCUAUGGCUUUGUCUUUUUCUUUGUUGUGCUGCACUACGCACACGGAGACCUGAGCUAUUCGGUGCAGGAGGAGCUGAAACACGGAUCCGUUAUUGGAAAUAUCGCCAAAGAUCUCGGCCUGGAUGUGGGCAGACUGUCUGCUCGUAAAGCGCGUGUUGACAUGGAAGGGAGCGACAGACAGUAUUGUGGGAUUAACCUGAGAAGCGGAGAUCUUGUUGUUUCGGAAAGAAUUGAUAGAGAGGAGCACUGUGGAGAGAAGCCUUCGUGUGUUCUCAGAUUCGACCUACUGUUAGAGAAUCCACUGGAGCUGCAUCGUUUAUCUCUGCAGGUGCAGGACAUAAACGACAAUGCACCGAUCUUCCCGAAAGACGUGAUCAAGCUGGAAAUUAGAGAAUCAGCUGCCAAAGGAGCUCGGUAUCGUAUUAAUGCUGCACAAGAUGCAGACAUAGGCCAGAAUUCAGUUCAAAGCUACGCUUUGCAACAAAACUCCCACUUCCUAUUUAGCAUUCAGACGACCAGUGCUGGCAGUAAAUAUGGUGAGCUGGUUUUGGAUAAGGAGUUAGACCGAGAGGAGCAGCAGGAAAUGAAAUUAUUGCUGACAGCUGUAGAUGGUGGAUCUCCUCAGAGAUCAGGGACUGUAGUCAUACACGUCAUUGUGCUGGAUGCUAAUGAUAACGCCCCUGUGUUUACUGAGGCCGUAUAUACAGCCAGUUUAGCAGAAAACUCACCUUUGAAAACCCCAGUUAUCACUGUGAGUGCAUCAGACGCAGACGAAGGUGUGAAUGGAGAAGUUACGUAUGAGUUUAGUCGACUCUCUGACAAAUUACAAAAGCUGUUUUCACUCGAUCAUAAAACUGGAGAAAUCUCUGUGACAGGUGACAUAGAUUAUGAAGAGGGAUCAAAAUAUGAAGUGGUUGUUGAGGCCAAAGACGGUUAUGGACUUUCUUCAGAGGCCAAAGUGAUUAUUGACAUCACUGAUGUGAAUGAUAAUGCUCCAGUGAUAUAUCUGAAAUCUCUGACCAAUCCCAUACCUGAGAACGUGUCACCUGGUACAGAGGUGGGCAUCAUUAAUGUGCAGGACAGAGACUCUGAGAAUAACCGACAGGUCCGCUGCUCCAUUCAGCAAAAUAUGCGACGCGGAUCUGUGAUCGGGAAUAUUGCCAAAGACUUGGGUCUUGAAGCAAACAAGCUAUCAGCCCGAAAGGCUCGUAUUGAUACCGAUGAAGGCGACAAACGUUACUGUGAGAUAAACCUUCGUAACGGGGAUCUGACUGUGGUCGAAAGGAUUGACAGAGAGGGCCUCUGUGGAGACAAAGCAUCCUGCGUCUUAAAACAAGAGCUCAUGUUAGAGAAUCCGUUAGAACUGCAUCGGAUCAACCUACAUGUUCAGGAUAUUAAUGAUAACGCUCCGCAAUUUAACAAAGAAUUGAUCCAAAUAGAUAUUCGUGAAUCUGCAGCUAAAGGUGCUCGUUUUCCAAUAGAAGAAGCGCAUGAUGCGGAUAUCGGCAAAUAUUCAGUUCAGACGUACAACCUCCAGAGGAAUGAGAAUUUUAUUCUGGGGGUUGAAACAAACUCCGUGGAGCUAGUUCUGAACAAAGAGCUGGACCGUGAAAGUUUAAAAGAAAUCAAUCUCCUUCUCACAGCUCUGGAUGGCGGCUCCCCUCCGAUGUCAGGUACUGUAGUCAUACACAUCACUGUACUGGAUGCUAAUGAUAACGUUCCAGUGUUCAGUCAGGCCGUUUACAAAGUCAGUCUUCCAGAAAACGCCGUCCUUGGCACUAUUGUGGCAACAGUGAGUGCAGCUGAUGCAGACGAAGGACUAAAUGGAGAGGUUACUUAUGAUUUUGGACACAUUUCAGAAGAUGUGAAGUCAAUAUUUUCCAUAGAUCAUAAGACAGGUGAUGUAAAAUUGAUGACUGCCGUUGAUUUUGAAACAGUGGCAUCAUUUGAGCUACGUGUCACAGCAAAAGACGGAUUGGGAUUAACUUCUUAUGCCAAAGUCAUAAUAGAUGUUACUGAUGUGAAUGACAACGCCCCUGCUAUAUUUCUAAAAUCUCUGACCAAUCCCAUACCUGAGAACGUGUCACCUGGUACAGAGGUGGGCAUCAUUAACGUGCAGGACAGAGACUCUGAGAAUAACGGACAGGUCCGCUGUUCCAUUCAGCAAAACGUUCCUUUCAAGUUAGUUCCUUCUAUUAAAAACUAUUAUUCUCUGGUGAGCACAGGACAACUGGACCGUGAAGUGGUGUCUGACUACAACAUUACAAUCAGUGCUACUGACGAGGGCUCUCCACCUCUGUCCUCGUCUAAAAGUGUUCAGUUAUCUGUAGCUGACAUCAACGACAACCCACCUGUGUUUGAGGAGCAGUCGUACAGCGCAUAUAAACAGAACCUGAUUGUGUCAGUGAGAGACAACGGACAGCCCUCUCUGUCUGCCACCUGCUCCAUGUAUUUACUGAUUUCUGACAACUUGGCUGAGGUGCCAGAACUGAAAGAUAUCGCAUACGAUGAUAAGAAUUCCAAGCUGACUUCAUACCUGAUCAUAGCUCUGGUGUCUGUGUCCACCUUCUUCCUGACCUUCAUCAUCAUCAUCCUGGGUGUGAGGUUUUGUCGCAGGAGAAAGCCCAGACUGUUGUUUGAUGGAGCAGUUGCCAUCCCCAGCGCUUAUCUCCCUCCUAAUUACGCAGAUGUUGACGGCACAGGAACUUUACGCAGCACUUACAAUUAUGACGCGUACCUGACAACAGGUUCUCGGACCAGUGACUUCAAGUUUGUGACAUCUUACAAUGACAACACUCUGCCUGCAGACCAGACUUUGAGGAAAAGUCCAUCAGACUUUGUUGAUGCCUUUGGAGAUUGUGAAUCCUCUCCUGAGGAGGAGCUGAAACACGGAUCUGUUACUGGAAAUAUCGCCAAAGAUCUCGGCCUGGAUGUGGGCAGACUGUCUGCUCGUAAAGCUCGUGUUGACAUGGAAGGGAGCGACAGACAGUAUUGUGGGAUUAACCUGAGAAGCGGAGAUCUUUUCGUUGCGGAGAGAAUCGACAGAGAGGAGCAUUGUGGAGAGAAGCCUUCGUGUGUUCUCAAAUUCGACUUGUUGUUAGAGAAUCCGCUGGAGCUGCACCGUUUGUCACUGCAGGUGCAGGACAUAAACGACAAUGCACCGAUCUUCCCGAAGGAUCUUGUAAAGCUGGAAAUUACAGAAUCAGCUGUCAAAGGAGCUCGGUAUCGUAUUAAUGCUGCACAAGAUGCAGACAUUGGCAAGAAUUCAGUCCAAAGCUACGUUUUACAACAAAAUCCACACUUUGUAUUUGGUCUUCAGACGACAAAUGCUGGUCGUAAAUACGGAACUUUACGCAGCACUUACAAUUAUGACGCGUACCUGACAACAGGUUCUCGGACCAGUGACUUCAAGUUUGUGACAUCUUACAAUGACAACACUCUGCCUGCAGACCAGACUCUGAGGAAAAGUCCAUCAGACUUUGUUGAUGCUUUUGGAGACUGUGACGGUUCUCCUGAGUGUUUCAGCUUUGUCCCACAGUCCAAAGACAUGCAUGAUUCUAUACUGGCCAUAGGAACUUUACGCAGCACUUACAAUUAUGACGCGUACCUGACAACAGGUUCUCGGACCAGUGACUUCAAGUUUGUGACAUCUUACAAUGACAGCACUCUGCCUGCGGACCAGACUCUGAGGAAAAGUCCAUCAGACUUUGCUGAGGCAUUUGGAGAACUGGAAGAGUCUCCAGAGGUAUGA